AUGACAACAUCUUCUCCCCCACCUCUGAGUGAACACCCCAGACCUACCAAAGAUGAAGGCGAGGGCAGGACCAGACAGUUUUUUGACGAGGUCGUUAGACGUGGCGUCCUUUUCAAUGCCGAAAUACCCAAACAUCCAGAAGCCCAGAUCAUUGUGCCACGCCAAGUCAGCUUCUCCUCCAUGCCAGAGUCUGGCCUCACAGACGAACAACUUAUCCAUGAAUUUACAUCUAUCAUCGCGGGGAGUACUAAAUCGAGUUCUCCAAACUUUUUGGUAUCUUCUGAUGCUACUAUGUGCCAUGCUGCAAUGGGGGCAGCCCUCUUGAUACCACUUCUGAACCAAAACAUGGCGAACCCAGAGACUUGUCCACCAAAAGCGACCUUUGUUGAGAUGGAAGUCAUACACUGGCUACGUGAAGCGCUUGGAUAUCCUGUGCUUGGAGCUUACACCAAAGCUAUGGAUGUCGGCGGAAUCUUUACGCCUGGCGGAUGUCUCUCAAAUACUGUUGCGCUUUUGGCUGCGAGAGAAAAGCGCUUCCCCGGAUCACGCUUGAAUGGUAUCCCGGUGCUGCCGAGCAAGAUCCGUGUGUUGGUACCAGAUAUCGCAGAGAAUCACUCGAUACGCUCAGCCAUUGCGAUGAUGUCCCUCGGAGAAGAGAAUAUCACACCCGUUCCCGUCGAUGCUGAGUUUCAUAUGGAUCAAGAAGCUUUAAAACGGAUCAUCGACCAAGAAGAGAAUCUGGGGAACACUAUCAUGGCCUGUGUUGCAUAUGCAGGUGAUCCAACGUACUUGAGGAUCGACGAUUUACAUGGUCUAUCGCAGAUCCUCAAAGAGAAAGAUAUCUGGUUCCACGUUGACGCUUGUCACGGCAGCCAACUUGCCUUUUCAGAACGACAUCGCUAUAAGCUGCGAGGCAUUGAAAAAGCAGACUCAAUAACGGUUGACCCGCAACAAGCAAUGCUAAUUCCCUACGACUGCUCCUUGGUCCUAUUUCGUGAGCCCAGUACCCAUGCCUCCCUGUCGACCGACCUAGACUCAAUCUCCAACAUGCAGUGGUCGUUUGGGACAACUGGCCCUUUCGCUGGGUCUAGAGCCUUUAAUUCAUUGAAGAUUUGGUCCUCGAUCAAAAGCUAUGGAAAGAACAGCAUGGGACGGAUGAUUGAUGACAGACUAGAACUCACCAGCGCGAUCCACUUGGAGGUUGAACGCCGACCAAACCUCAUACUUUUGGCCGGAACCGACAUCAACUCCUGCAUGUUUAUAUAUGUCCCCGCGAGUGUGCAGCGAUACUGUCUUGAACGACACAUUUGUCUCUCAGACGCAGACUUGGAGAAAGUCAACCAGCUGAAUCUCCACAUCCAAGAGGUAAUCCAUCGAGAACGUGUCUACUAUAUCUAUGGGUUUCCUUUGCAACACUGCCCGCAUGGCCGCUUCAUCCAGCCCGGAAAGACGGUCUUUGUCCUACGUACCUUGAAUGGGAACCCUCAAUCAACCAUGGGUAAUGUGAGAGGCUUGCUGGACAGAAUCGAAAACUUGGGACGGUUUCUUCUCAUAGAUCGCCAGUACAUAUGUAUGGGAGAUACUGCUGGCUCGUCAACAAAUCGUCUACAAAGAGCUGAACGAAAGCUCAUUCAAAGGCUGUAUGAUUUAUUCGACAACAAUGACUUCGUAGCCGUUGUCUACGGCUCUUCCUCGCUUCAAAAUAAUGCUAUACUGUCGAACAUCGAUCUUAUGAUAUUUGCUCACAGCGCUGAGUCCUCGAAAAUAAAAAAGGUAGUAUCAAUUUUCCUCUCUGUGAUGGAAGCAGAAGGGAUCCUAAUCGACUUUGAGAUUCCCCUUCACCGAAGACUCCUCGUGACCUUCGAAUUUGCUAGCCAAGCUGCAGAGUCUGGGCCUCCUUUGGACGAAACGGGACAUGUUUCAAGCAUCUCUGAUACGCCAGAGUACCUGUCAUCUGAUGAGAUGUUGCGACGAUUGGCAUUCAACGUGCUUACAACUCCGAAUAAGAUCAUCGCAGCCACGACCAGUGGUACUAAUAGACUCAAGAGUUUAGAGACGACGGUAGCCAGAAAGUUGGUGACCAGGAUUCAACAUCUCGGAGGAUCCAAAGUUAGUACGGCGGAUGAGUUUGUGGAUCUCAUAAUGUCAGAUGGUGGUCGGGGGGAGGGAAAACAUCUUGGCUAUAAGCCACGAGGGGAUGUCUUGAAGAAGCUUCGUAAGAUCUUUCAGGAUGUACAGAACACUCCGCUUGAGUGA